GGUGCAUUUGUAUAUGAGCGGACCCAGCCCCAAGUCCUUUCAAUCUCUGCAACCAGUUGCAGAAGCUCAAUGACUACAUUUUCUGUGGACGAAAUUACCCCUAUCAACAAGGGGAAUUUACCAUCUCUUCUUGCAUGGUCUUGAUCUCUAGGGUUUUGAGGCCAUGAGGAAAGGGGACCUUGUGAGCUGAGGUGAGUUCUUGGCUCUCGGUUUCGUGCUGAUUACGAUCUGCUCCUGUUUGGACUUCUUGCUUUUCAAAUCACUAGUAUUUUGAUGUGGGUUUGUUUGAUUUUUGGGAGCAUCGAGUGCAGAGGUUCUUUCUUUGGAUUGGAAAAUUCUUCACGUUUGCCAUGGGUUUCUUGGGAAAUGGUUUCAAUUUUGAUUUUUUAGGGUGUUGUGGAUCUGUGCGUUUGGUGGCUUUUGAUAUGCACUGAGAAAUUGCACCUAAAUUGUGUUCAGUGAUGUGAUGUCUAGUACUAGGAAUUGUGAUUUAGGUCUGUUUGGCUGCUGAGAAAACCUGGUGAAAGAAAAGAAUUAGAAAUUUUUAUUUUCGCUUUGCUAUAGGACAAAACAAAAAAAAAUGAUUUUGAACUAAGCCCGGUUCAAGUCAUCUCUCGUUUGCUUAGCUCAGCUGAAUUUUCCUUUUCUGUAAAGAGAUGAGAGUGACUGAAGAUAUUACUCAAUAGUUUUGUUUCCUUUUGUUUACGUCGGUUUUCUCGGCAACCAAAUGAACCUUUCAUGUGUCGUUGGGCCAUCUUUGGUUGGAAGGUGGAAAUUGAGUUGCUGAGUUGUAUUUAAUGAAGCAUUAAAGGUUAUAAAUUUAUCAUCUUGGGUGGCCUAUUAGAGAAAAUUUGAGCCAUCACAAAUUCAAUGGCGUGGGAUCGGUUCUAGGAUUUGAUGAGAUGCCACCACUCUAGAUUUCCACUACCAGUUGUACUGAUGUCUUUCAUUUCUGUUAUUGUCUUGUUUAAGAUGGUGAAUUCAUACACAAGAUCAUAUACUAAUACUCAAUGAGCAAAUACAAUUUUCACUGCAUGUCCAAAAGUUCUGCUGAUCUGUUAAAACCAUCUUUUUCUCUACUAGAAAUGCAAAGAUUUCUCACAUUAUUUAUGAUGUGGGGUCUUAAAAAGGUUAUAAUUUGUGGACAUCCUGAAAUAUGAAGUACUGCAGAGUGGCUUGGGAUGAAGCUUAGAUGUCAAAAAUUUGACAUUUUGUAGAGGUUAAAAUCUUUGGGUAUGCUGUUAAUGGAGGAAUGCUAGAUAUGUGCCAUUUAAAUAAAGUUGUUAUUCCUUUUUAUCUUUUUCCAUCUAACGUUUUCAUUUUCCCUGUUUGUGUUGCUAUUAACUCAGAAAACAUAUUUACAACCUUUUGCAUCAGCAGCCUAAUAAUAGGAUAAUUUGAAUGCUGUGUGGUUACUGUGAAUAGCUGCCUGACCAGAAUAAGUUUUAAUGUCUUUUGUGUUAAUCAAGAUGAGAGCCCAUUGUCAGUUUUUUUUUCUUUCCUCUUUUAGUCCAUAAAGGCUAAUGAAAUAUUGGUAUCUUAAUAUGUGAACUUUUUAUAGUAUUGGCAUUGAGUAAGUGCCAUCUGAUUUAAUUGUUUUUUCUUGGAUUCUGAGAUUAUGAGUUGAAAGGAUCAAAUUUAACUUCUUCCAUUUUGGGUCAUGGUUUCUAGUGUUUGCAGUGUGUGGUUUGAGAAAUCUUCUCUUGUUAUCAAGUGUUGUCACUGUUAAUGUUUCAUACGGAUAAAUCUUUGUUAGCAUGUACUGAGAUGCUUUCCGAUCAUCUUCGCUUUUGAUCUUACUAGGCAGAGACAAUGAUUUUAACAAAGCAGUAUCGUUGCAUACACUCAGCAAGUUGUGCAUGCACAAAAGGGCAUCUGAGUGAAGAUGUGAUUUUCCUGGUUUUUCAACAACUUAACUGGAACCCUAAGUUGAUUGCCACUCUGUCUUGCACAUGCAAAUGGUUUGAUGACCUUGCUAAGAGAGUACUUUGGAAGGAGUUUUGUCGGGCAAGAGCACCAAAGAUGAUGCUUGAUCUACAAUCUAGUGGGAGUCACAGUGUUGAUGGGAACUGGAGAGCACUUGGGAAGCUGCUUAUCUACUGUUCAGGGUGUACCAGGGGUGGCUUGUUUAAUAGCAUUCAAAUCCCCGGUCACUUUGUUUACCGAACACGGUUCUCUAGGACAUCAGGGAAGAGUUUUCUUUUACCUCAAUGCCGAACAGAUGUCUUAUAUGUGUCUGACCCUUGUGAGCAUCUUGACCAAGGGGAGGAGGGGGAUGUGGGGUUCUUCCGGGGGGUUUUCAAAUCAUUUUCUAUGUCAAAGGUUCGAAAGAUGCUGAUCAAAAAGGGUGCCCAGCUUCAUCCAACAGAGGUGUGUCCUUACUGUAAGGCAAAGCUAUGGAGCAUGCUUCAGGCUAAAAUGAUACCGCAGAGUGCCAGCUGCAGAUUGGGCGCUUAUGAGGACUGCAUUGAGUAUUAUGUGUGUCUCAACGGACAUAUGCUGGGGAUCUGCACUCUCUUACCUUUAUCAGACUCCGAAGAGGCAUCUGAGUAGGAGUGGUAGUGGGGAUGGAGACCAGGUAGCCUCUCUCAUCAGGAAUAGAAGUUCUAUUUUUCUUAAGACAUGAUGAACUAUUAGGUAGAUUCUAAAAAUGAUUUCCCUAUUGCAGUACAUCAAUUUUCAAUUUAGUCUGACAUAUUAGAGAAAUUAUGAUUCUAGUUCAGGCUUCAGAAUAAGUUGGAAAUGAAUAUUUGUGUCGAGAUUUCCUUGUUGCA